AUGACGGACAACACAAAAUCUCAAGAUUACCACGGGGUAGAAACAAUUGAGCAUGCGCCAGAGCAUUGCAUCAACGCCCAUGGAGAAAAUAGUGGUAAAGACAGAGCGGCGGAAGUGCUACACAACGCCGGCCACAGCGCCAUACUCACGCCUGAGAACAACGCUCGAGUUUUGCGUUUAAUUGAUUUGAGAGUUCUACCCAUCGUACUGGGAAUAUAUUUUCUUCAGUCCUUGGAUAAGACUACACUUGCCUACGGCUCUGUCUUUGGCUUGGUCACAAAGACUAAUCUGCACGGGCAGCAGUACUCAUGGCUGGGCGCGGUUGUCUAUCUCGCCCAGCUCGUGUGUCAGCCUCUUGUUGCUUAUCUUCUCGUCAAAGUUCCAUUGGGAAAGUUCCUAGCAGUGUCAGUAUUUUGCUGGGGAGCCGUCCUAGCUGCAAUGUCUGCUGCCAACGGAUUUGCUGGACUCCUCGUUUGUAGACUCCUGCUCGGUGCCUUUGAAGCCGGUGUUGCGCCUGCUUUUAUUUCUGUUACGCAAAUGUGGUAUCGACGACGGGAGCAGCCUGUGAGACUCGGGGCCUGGUACGCAAUGAACGGUAUAACGAACAUGUUUGGCAGCCUGAUCUCAUGGGGAUUAGGGCAUAUUAGCUCCUCAACGCUGGCCCCGUAUCAGAUCAUAUUUUUGUUCUUCGGGGUCCUUACAGUCGCAUUUUCAGUUGUUAUAUUGAUUUUUAUGCCCGACUCACCACUUGAUACAAAUUUUCUCAAAGGAGAAGACAAGCUGGUGGCCGUUGAGCGAUUGCGCCUCAAUCAACAAGGCAUCAAGAACGACAUCUGGAAAUGGGAUCACGUCAAAGAAGCCGUUUUUGAUCCCAAAACCUGGCUGUGGUUUGCCAUGCUUUUCUCGAUAUCAGUUCCCAGUGGCGGCAUCUCGACUUUUGGCCCGCUCAUCAUCAAGGGCUUUGGGUACAACGAGUUCAAAACGAUCCUUUUCAACAUGCCUUUUGGUGCGGUUCAGUUGAUUGCAACGAUGGGAGGGGCAUAUAUUGCCAUGAUAUGGAAGCUAAAAAGCCCCGUCCUGAUGUUUCUGUCAAUCCCGCCAAUCAUCGGAUGCGUGAUGCUAUUGCUUCUAAGUCACGACACUGCUCACAAAGGUCCGCUCUUGGUAGGAUACUAUUUAAUCUCAGUAUACCCUGGAAUCACCCCCCUGAUAUACUCGUGGCAAGCUGCAAACACGGCUGGCGAGACCAAGAAGAAAAUCACCACGGCUAUCAUGAUCGUUGGCCAAUCAGCUGGAAACGUCCUCGGUCCUAAUUUGUACACUACCGAAGAAGCUCCUCUUUACCGUCGAGGCCUCGUUUCCAACCUUGUUCUUUUUAUUUUAUUGAUUAUUAUUUAUGCUAUACAGAUUAUCAUCUUGAAAAUCCAGAACCACAGGCAUGAGAAGAGGCGCGAAGCCGUUGGUAAGACAAGAAAGGUGGUUGACAAGUCCAUGUCGGCCGUCAAAGCCGGAGACGAUGAUAUUGAUUCCAAGACGACCGCGAACACGCUGGAGGAGGAUCGGUCUUUGGACGAUGCAACGGAUUGGCAAAACGAGGAUUUUGUUUAUGUUUAUUGA